GGCAGGGCAAGUGAGGAGAGGAGGCAGAGCACCUGUCUGUCAGAGGCAUCCAUACGGAUGGCUGUUGCAGGGCCAAGCCAGGUUCCCUUGCGGCUCCAGAUUCUACAUCAGGGGCAGCUGCUGCGAGAGCUCUACGCCAAUGCCUCGGUCCAGGAGCCAGGCUUUGCCGAGGUGCUGCCCAACCUGACAGCCCAGGAGAUGGACUGGCUGGUGCAGGGGGAGCUGACGAUGGCCCUGGAGAGGGCAGGUGGGCCAGGGCUGCGCAUCAGUGGACACAUUGCUGCCAGGCAGAGCUGCGAUGUCCUGCAAAGCGUCCUUUGCGGGGCUGAUGCCCUGAUCCCAGUUCAGACGGGUGCAGCCGGCUCAGCCAGCCUUACACUACUAGGAAAUGGCUCCCUGAUCUACCAGGUACAAGUGGUAGGUACAGGCAGUGAGGUGGUGGCCAUGACACUGGAGACCAAGCCUCAGCGGAGGAACCAGCGGACUGUCCUGUGCCGCAUGGCUGGACUCCAGCUGGGAGGACACACAGCUGUGGGUGUCUGCCCUGGACUGGGUGCCCGAGGGGCUCAUAUGCUGCUGCAGAAUGAGCUGUUCCUGAAUGUGGGCACCAAGGACUUCCCAGAUGGAGAACUGAGGGGGCAUGUGGCUGCCCUGCCCUAUAGUGGACACAGCACCCGCCACGACACACUGCCCGUGCCCCUGGCAGGAGCCCUGGUGUUGCCCCCUGUGCAGAGCCAGGCAGCAGGACAUGCCUGGCUCUCGCUGGAUACCCACUGUCACCUGCACUAUGAAGUGCUGCUGGCUGGGCUUGGUGGCUCAGAACAGGGCACAGUCACUGCCCACCUCCUAGGGCCUCCUGGGAUGCCAGGGCCCCGGCGGCUGCUGAAGGGAUUCUAUGGCCCAGAGGCCCAGGGCGUGGUGAAGGACCUGGAGCCUGAGCUGCUGCGGCACCUGGCUCAGGGCACUGCCUCCCUGCUGAUCACCACCAAGGGUAGCCCCCACGGGGAGCUCCGGGGGCAGGUGCACAUCGCCAACCAGUGCGAGUUGGGCGGCCUGCGCCUGGAGGCGGCGGGGGCCGAAGGAGCGUGGGCGCCGGACUCAGCGGCCGCCGCGCUGCCCGCGCUGCCGGCUGUGCUUGGCCAGGACGCCCCCGCGCCAGCCAAACCCGGCGGCCCCGGGCGGCCGCGAGACCCCAACACCUGCUUCUUUGAGGGGCAGCAGCGCCCCCAUGGGGCUCGCUGGGCGCCUAACUACGACCCGCUCUGCUCGCUUUGCACCUGUCAGAGACGCACGGUGAUUUGUGACCCCGUGGUGUGCCCGCCGCCCAGCUGUCCGAGCCCAGUGCAGGCACCAGACCAGUGCUGUCCUGUGUGCCCCGAGAAGCAAGAUGUCAGAGACCUGUCGGGGCUGUCACGGAGCAGAGACCCUGGAGAGGGCUGCUAUUUUGAUGGUGACCGGAGCUGGCGGGCAGCGGGCACCCGGUGGCACCCUGUCGUGCCCCCCUUUGGCUUAAUUAAGUGUGCUGUCUGCACCUGCAAGGGGGGCACUGGAGAGGUGCACUGUGAGAAGGUGCAGUGUCCUCGGCUGGCCUGUGCCCAGCCUGUCCGUGCCAACCCCACUGACUGCUGCAAACAGUGUCCAGUGGGGUCAGGGGCCCACCCCCAAUUGGGGGACCCCAUGCAGGCCGAUGGGCCCCGGGGCUGCCGUUUUGCAGGGCAGUGGUUCCCAGAGAGCCAGAGCUGGCACCCCUCGGUGCCUCCCUUUGGGGAGAUGAGCUGUAUCACCUGCAGAUGUGGAGCAGGGGUGCCCCACUGUGAGCGGGAUGACUGUUCACUUCCACUGUCCUGUGGUCCAGGGAAGGAGAGUCGCUGCUGCUCCCACUGCUCACCCCGGCGAUCAGCCCCAGAGACCAGGACAGUUCCAGAGCCUGAGAAAGAAGCCGAAGUCUCCUAGGAAGCAGCCAGAAGGCCACAUGACCAAGAGGACGGGGCCUGGGCUGGGAGAAGGAGUGGCGCCAAGGGCCCUGCAUCCUCCUGUGGGAAAUCAAGUGCCUUCGGCUCUUUUCUGCCUCUUCUCCCUCCCCCCACUACCUCUGGGAACCACAAUUCCACAAGGGGAAGGGGCAGCCAGGGCAGGCCAGGGCCACGGCCAUUCUGACUCCUGCCCAGUCACCCUCCAGCCUCUGCCUUAGAAGCCCAACCCCUUUCUUUCUGUACAUAAUGUCACUGGCUUAUUGGGAUUUUUAAUUUAUCCUCACUCAGCACCAAGGGUCCCUCCACUUCACUCCUGCUGCCCCUGAGCUGAGCAGAGUCAUUA